UUUAGUUGUCAGUUGUCUAAAGUUUUAAUAAUCAAAUAUCAAAUCAAAUACGAAUCUCGAUAUUUAACUAAUCUGCAAUUAUUUCGGUCAUCUUUCGACUUUUUUAAGAUUUUUGAUAAUCAAAUUUGAAUUUUCAAAAUGACAGCUCCUACAGGCAGUGGAGAUACAAAUAAAGUUAGAGGGGUAGCCUAUAAAGAUAAAAGUAAACCUGCCGAUGUUCGUAAGAGUAAUAUCGGUGCCGCUAAAGCUGUUAGCGAUGCCGUCAGAACUAGUCUUGGUCCUAGAGGAAUGGAUAAAAUGAUACAAGCUGCUAAUGGAGAGGUGACAAUAACCAAUGAUGGUGCUACAAUUCUUAAACAAAUGAAUGUCAUUCAUCCCGCAGCCAAGAUGCUCGUAGAGUUGUCCAGGGCACAGGAUGUUGAGGCAGGGGAUGGCACAACAACUGUUGUUGUAAUUGCAGGUGCAUUUUUAGAUGCUGCAGAAAAACUAUUGGAUAGAGGAAUACACCCCACUGCAAUUUCUGAAUCUUUCCAGAGAGCAGCUGGUCAUGCAAUAAAGAUUCUUGAAGGAAUAUCGACUCCUGUCCAACUUGAUAAUAGAGAGCAGUUAAUCAAGAGUGCAUCAACAUCUUUGAAUUCAAAGGUUGUUUCCCAGCAUUCAAGUUUAUUAGCACCAAUUGCUGUUGAUGCAGUUCUUAAAGUGAUUGAUCCAGCACAUGAAAAGGCAGUAAACUUGUCAGAUAUCAAGGUUAUCAAGCAACUAGGGGGCACUAUUGAUGAUACUGAGUUGCUUGAUGGUUUAGUUUUUCCACAGAGAGUAGCUAAUGUAAAUGGUCCUAAACGUGUAGAGAAAGCAAAAAUUGGAUUAAUUCAGUUCUGUAUUUCUCCACCCAAGACUGACAUGGAUCACAAAGUAAUAGUUUCUGAUUAUGCGGCUAUGGAUCGUGUAUUGAAAGAGGAACGUACUUACAUUUUGAAUAUUGUGAAACAGAUCAAAAAGAGUGGAUGCAAUGUUCUUUUGAUUCAAAAAUCAAUUCUGAGAGAUGCUGUCUCUGAACUCGCUAUUCAUUUCUUAGACAAAAUAAAAUGUAUGGUUGUAAAGGAUAUCGAACGUGAAGACAUUGAAUUUGUCUGUAAAACUUUGGGAUGCAGGCCUAUUGCAUCUUUGGAUCAUUUCACCCCUGAAAAUCUAGUAUCUGCUGACCUAGCUGAAGAAGUAGGUUUCAGUGGUAAUAGAAUGGUUAAAAUAUCAGGUGUGCAAAAUCCUGGAAAGACUCUGACUCUGGUUGUUAGAGGAUCCAAUAAACUGGUGUUAGAGGAGGCUGAUCGGUCUCUUCAUGAUGCUCUAUGUGUAAUCCGUUGUCUGGUCAGAAAAAAGGCACUGAUUGCAGGGGGAGGAGCUCCUGAGAUUGAAUUAGCACUGAAAUUGUCAGCAUUGGCUAAUACAUUGGAAGGAAUCGACGCUAUAUGUCUUCGAGCUUAUGCUCAGGCUUUGGAAAUUAUACCCUUCACGCUAGCUGAAAACGCUGGACUAAAUCCAAUACAGACUGUUACAGAAUUGAGGAACAGGCAUGCCAAAGGCGAAAUCUCAACAGGAAUCAAUGUUCGAAAAGGCAUCAUAUCAGAUAUUCUAGAAGAAAAUGUUGUCCAGCCCCUUCUUGUUACAACAAGUGCUAUAUCUUUGGCAACUGAAACAGUCAGAUCUAUCUUGAAAAUCGAUGAUAUUAUAAACACAUUCACAUAAGUGGGGAGACUAGUUUGAGCCAAAAUUAAUUUAUAUUUUUAGGAUUUUUUUACUAAUCCACUAAGUAUUCUUUUCAUUGUGAAACAAGCUUGGAUAACCAAACACCUUUGAAAUAAAAUAGAGCUUCAAAUGUU